CCAGGCUGCCCGCCGCUGUGAGGAGGGGGCAGCAGAGGCCAGGAGGCCGGGGGCCGAGCUUCAGGCCCACCCCGCCUUGGCCCCCCCUCUCAGGCCCAGAGACCUGCAGCCAACCUGCCUGACAGGCUGAGCGCCACCAGGGAGAUGAGUAAUGUCUCAGGGAUCCUGGAGACAGCCAGCCUCCCCUUGGUGUCAGCGACCUGGCCACAGCCCAGCCCCCCACCGGCCGUGCCAGCUGGGCCGCAGAUGGACCACAUGGGGAACAGCUCCCAGGGGGCCCCCUGGCUCUUCCUCACCUCCGCACUGGCCCGAGGCGUCUCGGGGAUCUUCGUGUGGACUGCCCUGGUGCUCACCUGCCACCAGAUCUAUCUGCACCUGCGCUCCUAUACCGUGCCACAGGAGCAACGUUACAUCAUCCGCCUGCUCCUCAUCGUGCCCAUCUACGCCUUCGACUCCUGGCUCAGCCUCCUCCUCCUGGGAGACCACCAGUACUACGUCUACUUCGACUCUGUGCGGGACUGCUACGAAGCCUUUGUCAUUUACAGCUUCCUGAGCCUGUGUUUCCAGUACCUGGGAGGCGAGGGCGCCAUCAUGGCUGAGAUUCGUGGAAAGCCCAUCAAGUCCAGCUGCUUCUACGGCACCUGCUGCCUCCGGGGCAUGACCUACUCCAUUGGGUUCCUGCGCUUCUGUAAGCAGGCCACUCUGCAGUUCUGCCUGGUGAAGCCCGUCAUGGCCGUCACCACCAUCAUCCUCCAGGCAUUUGGCAAAUACCACGACGGGGACUUCAAUGUCCGCAGCGGCUACCUCUAUGUGACCCUCAUCUACAACGCCUCCGUCAGCCUCGCCCUCUACGCCCUGUUCCUCUUCUACUUCACCACCAGGGAGCUCCUGCGGCCCUUCCAGCCCGUCCUCAAGUUCCUCACCAUCAAAGCCGUCAUCUUCCUGUCGUUCUGGCAAGGGCUGCUGCUGGCCGUCCUGGAGCGGUGCGGGGUCAUCCCGGAGGUGGAGACCAGUGGCGGGAACAAGCUGGGGGCUGGCACGCUGGCCGCCGGCUACCAGAACUUCAUCAUCUGCGUGGAGAUGCUGUUCGCCUCCGUGGCCCUGCGUUAUGCCUUCCCCUGCCAGGUGUACUCAGAGAAGAAGGAGAAUUCACCAGCGCCCCCGGCACCCAUGCAGAGCAUCUCCAGCGGCAUCAGGGAGACAGUGAGCCCCCAGGACAUCGUGCAGGACGCCAUCCACAACUUCUCCCCCGCCUACCAGCACUACACGCAGCAGGCCACGCACGAGGCGCCCAGGCCCGGCACCCACCCCGGCGGCGGCUCCGGCGGGAGCAGGAAGAGCCGGAGCCUGGAGAAGCGUAUGCUGAUCCCCUCGGAGGACCUGUAGGGGGGCCUGGGCUGCCAGUGCUGUAGGGACCCAGGCUGCCCAGGCCUCUGGGGAAGAACAGGGUCCCCCCACCCACCAACUCCUGCCAAAGGUGGGGCCUCUCCUGAGAGCCCACCUGUGAGGCCCUCGGAGCCCACUUCCCAUCCUCCCUCCAGCCAGGGGGUCAGGGCACCUGAUGGCCCUGCCAGGCACCCAGGUGGGCCUGCCACCCCAGGAGAGGGCACCUGAGCCAAUCGGAAGAGCCUGGGGACCCCCUGGGAUCACCCGGCCAUCAGCCCCAGGGGCCACUGUGGGGCAGAGAGUGAGUGUGGCUGCGGGGCCUUGGCUGCAUGGGCCCCACGGGAGCUGUGAGUGGGUCAGACUCCCUGGUUCAGGAGACAGACAGCGGACGGAUCCCAGGCUGGGCAGCUGGAGGGAGGGGCGCCAGGGCGCUGGGCAGCCAGGCUCUGACACAGUCAGCAGCUCCGGGCGCCGCAGGCGGGCGGGGUCCACACAGGCUGGCCGGGGCUGGGCCUCCUCGGAGCCUGCUAUGGCCCUCGUGAGCACGUGGAGAAGGGCCCACGUGUCUCCACACGCCAGCCACAGGGGAGCCCUGGCCAGGCGCCCACCCAGGGGAACGUGUGCCUGGGAUGGGUCACGGAACCACUGGGCACCUGUGAGGCUGGCCAGCACGGUGGGGCUGUGGGAAUCGCUCUUAUUUAUAUUUAAACACCUUGGAUUUUCUACCGGGUCUUGGCUUAUGUUCCCGCAGGGCAUGAGCCUGAGGAGCAGGACGCGGUGGGGGUCACAGGAGGCUGCUGCUCAGAGUCUGCAUGCGGGAAAGGGGUCCCACCUGUCUGGGGUGGGCAGCCUCGUGGUCCAGGGCAGUGCAGGGCAGAGCCUGGGCUGUGCGAUCACAGCCGCUGCCUUUCUCCUGGGAGCCUCCACUUUCUCCAAAACGGGCCUUGUGCCAGCCCCACCCGCGGCGAGCGGACAAGGCCACGAGGGCAGGGCCCUGAGUACCUGGGCGGGGGGGACACUCCCAGGGGGCACAGAGGGGGCUCCCACCUGGGCACCUGCCUCCUCCCCUUCUCUUCUUCCUCCACGUGCCAGGUGGGGCCCUGGGUUUGAGGAGCCGAGCCUCGAACGCGUGCCCUGCCCGCAGGAAGCUGGAGGCUCCCAAGUGGCCUUGGAAAUUGCGGCCGCGAGAACAGUAGCCGCCCAGGGACUAAGGGGGCUUCUGGGAGGACACAGCUGGCCCAGGGCGAGGGGUGUCACUGCAGGGCGCCCCCCAGGCCCAGGGCCCGUCAGGGGACAGUACGGUGACCCGGCCUGCAGGUGGCAGUCGGUUCUGUGUGUCUGGGGCCCGCAGCACAGGUUGGGUGGGGGCUGGGGCAGGGGCAGCAGAAGCGGGCAAGGCCUGGGGGGCUCAGGCACUGGGCGUGGAGAGCAGACAGGAAGCUCCAGUGGGCACCACCCCGGGACCGCGGCUCCCACCCAUGCUGCCCCCACCCAUGGCCACGGCCACCGGGAACAGCGGGACCUGGGGUCUCCGAGGGACUCAGCAGGGUGGGCACAGACCAGUGGAGUCCGGGCUAGAGAGGGCCAGCUACCAGCCUCUUGCUUCCUGGGCUGAGGACAUGGGGAUCCAAGGCCAGUGGGUCUGCAGGGCCCAGCCCGGCUGCCUGAUAAGAUAGGCCAAGCUCCUCCCUGCAUGGCUGCAAAGACGCCCACCUGUCUUAUUGGAUCCCCACAGGGAUAGACCCACCAGGCGGCCCCUGUGUCUCACUCUGUCAGCAGGUGGGGGCGUGGUGCUCCCCAGGGACCUGCUGCCAAGGGGCAGUUUCUGGAGGCUGGGGACACUGGCCGGGCUCUAGGCCUGCUCUGCCCUUGCCGUGGGGAAGGCCGCCCCGAUAGGGGUCGAGUUGCUCAAAUCUGCGUUUGGAGGGUGCGUGGCCGAGGGCUCCCCUUCUGGAGACCCAGACACCGCCUGGGCUCCGGGUGGCAGAGGCUGAGGUGUCGGGGGCUGAGCCCCUAUGUCAGCAACACCUCAGGCCUGCGUUUUAGGACAGGGGAGAAGUCAGUUUCCUCCAAAUGCCCCCUCAGACCAGCUGAGGACUGUGCCAGGAAACUGACAUGCUCAGCGCUCACGCCAGCUGGGACAGCGACCAAGCCCAGAGAGAUGGAGCAAUUGCCUGAGGUCACAGAGCAGGGACUUGGACACCAGGCAGCCGGCUCCACAGAGGCCCUCUCUCCUCCCUGCCUCCUGACCCUCAGACGCCUCCGCCUCCGCGGGUGAGGCUGCUUCUGCUUCUUUCCAAUACGACUCGAAGGAAAGCCCUGAGGGCCGAGCCCGCUCUGUGUGGACGGAAGGCAGCGUGGGGUGGUCCAGGCCGGGGCUCAACCUGCCUCGAGGGGGAGCGUGGGCGCAUGUGAGCGGGAGGGACGGAGACCAGCAUGGUUCCAGUGUCGUCAUCGCUGCUGAAAAAGGGGUUUCCCGGUGACAGGCCCCGACAGAGGAGCAGGCCGUGAGGCAGGCAGGAGCCGCGUGUCUGGGCCCAGCGCGCCCGCCAAGCUCUCUAGCCUCUCCUGGCCUCAGUGUCCUUGUCUGGGAGAUGGUCCAGCUGAAAAUCCCCAGCAUCCACAAGGAAGGGUGGAAGCCCUGGGGGCCCCGGCCUGGCCCGGGUGCAGGCUGCAUGGCCGGGCGGGGCGGCAUCUCCCUUCACAGCUUCCCCGUCUGUCCGCAGCCUCCAGGAGCCCCACACAGGGCUGGGGCUCUGUGCCCCCAACUCACACCCAUCGGCUCCCCCAGGAGGAGCAGGCUGGGCCCAGAGCUGCAGGGUGGGCUGACUUAGCUGGGGAAAGUGCCAUCCCUGCCAUUGCUAGUGACAAGCUUGGGCUGCUGUGGCCCCAGCACAGAUUCAACACUCACUGCGUCAUGUGCCAGCUGUUGCACACUCACCUCCACGCCCAACUCACAGGAAGCAAGGCUGGGAAGGAGGGAAUUGGCCCCAGGCCACACAGAUGCUGAGAGUUGGGAUUAUGAUCGGGUGCAGUGGUUCACACCUGUAAUUCCAGCACUUGGGGAGGCCAAGGCGAGUGGAUUGCUUGAGCCCAGGAGUCUGAGACCAGCCUGGGCAACAUGGUAAAACCCCACCUCUACAAAAAAAAAAAAUACAAAAAUUAGCUGGGCGUAGUGGUGCGUGCCGGCGGUCCCAGCUACUCAGGAGGCUGAGAUGGGAGGAUUGCUUGAGCCUGGGAGGUCGAGGCUGCAGUGAGCUGUGAUCACGCCCCUGCACUCCAGCUUGGGUGACAGAGCAAGAUCCUGUCUCAAAAAACUCGAGUUGGGAUUUCACCCUGCGUGGUCCAGCACUGAACAGCGUUCACACCUCGGUCAGCUCAGCCCCAAAAGCGGGGAAGGCCGGGCGGGGUGGGGACGGCAUGUGGGCAGGCCCGUGGCUUUUCGGAGGAGUCCACGGGCUUCCGGCCACUGUGCAGGGGCGCUUUGCUCUCUGCUCCCAGACAGACCCUGUCUUGCUCACAGCUUCCUGCAGGCUCCUCUGAGAGUCCAGCAAAGCUGGGCGAGAUGUCUCCCAGGGAAGGGGGACACUGACAGCCGUGCUGCUCUCUGCUCCUUCCACUGGAAGGGAGAGGCUGCAUGGACAGGGGGCUCCGGGUGGGGCAGAUGGGGACACUCAGGACUGCGGCCUGACCCUCGGAGACUGAGCCCAGGACGUGGCCACCUGACCAGCACCUCCCCCGUGGCUGUCCCAGCCUCACGGUCACAGGCCAGCAGUCUGGGAAAGCCACUUACACGUAGUGCCC